CGUCUUACAUAUAUGAGUCGUGCAGGCACCCGCCGGAGACCUUCAGGCGCAUCCCAGGCUCUCUCCCACCCAAGAGCCACUCAGAGAACUCAGAGAAAUAGAACAGAAGAGACCGAUGAAGAGGAUGAGGAAGGCGAUGAUGGAUCAAUGGAUGUCGACGACGACGAAGAAAAUGCUCCCAGAGAUGACGACCUUGUACGGAAAUCUAAUCAGCUGGUGCGCCUGGCGCUGUUUGCGGAGAACAAACGGAAUCCUUUGCGCCGGGAAGAGAUCUCGAAGAAAGUCCUUGGCUCAAGUACCCGUUCUUUCAAUCAGGUCUUUCAACUCGCGCAAAACACGCUGAGGAAGACUUUUGGAAUGGAGCUCGUCGAGCUCCGCUCUCGCGCGGAACUGGGCAAGGAUAGUGUAGGUGGUGAUGAGGACCUCGACGAAGUUAGAAAGACGGCUGGAGUCAAAAAGAAAGCUGCUGCCGCUGGGUCCAAGAGCUAUAUCUUGCGCUCGAUCCUCGACCCCGCCAUCAUCGAGAACGCGGCCCAAGUCAACGAGAAGAUCCUGGAAGAGGAAGCUCUGGAGGAAGAUGACAAUGACGACAACGACGAACGGCGCACGCGGACCUAUGGCAGCCUUAUCUCGUGGAGUCACACAGACCAACUCGGUUCUCUAGGCAUUCUCUAUAUCGUCCUCGCCCUUAUUCUCGUGAGCGGCCGAGUCCUGAGCGACGCGGAGCUCCGCGCGCAUCUGAAGAAACUCCGUCAGCCCAUGUCAGGUUCCGUCAAGUUCGACGCCCACUCGACACAUAAGAGCGUGUCGAUGGAAGCGUAUAUGAACAUGAUCAUCCGACAGGGUUACGUGGAGCGCUUGUCGGUGGGAGAUGCGAAGAAGGGGAAGGGCAAGCGUGUGCGUGCAACCCAGAGAGACGAUGACUCCGGGGCGACGUAUGAGUGGCGGUGGGGCAAUCGGGCGCACAGCGAGGUUGGAGAGAAGGCGAUUGCCCAGUUUGUGGCGGAGUUCAUGGUAGGAGAGCAGGAAGCUGAGGAUGAUGAAGAGGAAGUCGGCAGGUCUCGAGGAAGGCAACGACAGGACCAUGCACAGAAUAAGGUGGAUAGGAUGGCUGCUGGUAUCGAAAGAGCCGCUGGUGGUAAUUUAUCUGAUCUCAAGUGACUGGCAUUGUGCUCUCUUCUGUUUUGUUUUAUCAAUGUACUGUUCGUAUGUGUGUGCUACUGUACAUGGGUUUCAUCUUUCUAUGCUUAUUAUACUUUCUACAUGAACAGUAUAUUUGCUUGAUAUCC